AGGAGGAGGAGGAGGAGGAGGAGGAGGAGGAGGAAAAAAAAGGACGCAAAGUUCCCGGGCGAGUGCAGCUGUCUGCUUCUGGAAGUGACAUCAACGGGAACGAGGAGACUCUUCGAGCUGCAUUGCAUUGUGACAUGUCUGAUCCCUUGCUCCACUCCUCGCAGCAUGAACAAAGUGGCCGCCGCUGACCUGCCGUGAGGUUGCCCCACAGUGCUUUGGGGUCCAUGUCUGAAUGGAUUGCUGUGGCCUUCUCAGCUCUCCCUUCGCCCAGUGCCCUGCAUCCUAAGACUCGAAGCCAGAACGGGACCUGGAAAAAUUACAUGGUGUCAACGGCAUGUCUGUGGAUGAGAAGCCUGACUCCCCCAUGUAUGUGUAUGAGUCCACAGUUCACUGUACCAACAUCCUCCUGGGCCUCAAUGACCAGCGGAAAAAGGAUAUUCUCUGUGACGUGACUCUCAUUGUGGAGAGGAAGGAGUUCCGGGCCCACCGGGCUGUGCUGGCCGCAUGCAGUGAAUAUUUCUGGCAGGCGCUCGUCGGACAGACGAAAAAUGACUUGGUGGUCAGCUUGCCUGAGGAGGUCACAGCCAGGGGCUUUGGGCCGCUGUUGCAGUUUGCCUACACCGCCAAGCUGUUACUCAGCAGAGAGAACAUCCGGGAGGUCAUCCGCUGUGCCGAGUUCCUGCGCAUGCACAACCUGGAGGACUCCUGCUUCAGCUUCCUGCAGACCCAGCUGCUGAACAGCGAGGAUGGCCUGUUCGUCUGCCGCAAGGAUGCCGCGUGCCAGCGCCCGCACGAGGACCAUGAGAACUCGGCCGGAGAGGAGGAGGACGAGGAGGAGGAGACGAUGGAGUCGGAAGCCGCCAAGAUGACUUGCUCCGGGGACCAGAUGCUUCCAGACCCCAUCCGCUUUGAGGCCACCACCCUCCCAGCGGCCGAGAAGGAGGAAGCUUUGCUGCCCGAGGCCGACGUGCCCGCCGAUGCCAAGGAGAGCUCUGAGAAGGACGCCUUGACCCAGUACCCCCGAUACAAGAAAUACCAGCUUGCAUGUACCAAGAAUGUCUACAAUGCUUCAUCACACAGUACCUCAGGCUUUGCAAGCACAUUCAGUGAAGAGAACUCUAGCAGCGGUGGGGGCAGCGGCGGUGGCGGUGGCGGUGGUGGUGGCGUCAAGUCCAGGCUCGCUGUGGGGCAGAUUAAAAGCGAGCCGCCCAGCGAAGAGAACGAAGAGGAGAGCAUCACGCUCUGCCUGUCGGGAGACGAGCCGGACGUCAAGGACCGGGCGGGGGACGUGGACAUGGACCAGAAACAGCCCAGCCCCGCACCCGUCGCGGUGCCCCCAGCUGGGCCCGGUGGCCUGGAGAGAGCCCGGAGCGAGUCCUCCUCGUCCUCCUGUCUGAGGUCUUUGUUCAGCAUCGCAAAAGGCGUGGAGUUGCCGGGGCUGCCCAGCACCAACACGCCCCCGCAGCACUUUGCCAGGAGCUCAGCGUGCCCUUUCGACAAGGGGAUCUCUCAGGGUGACCUUAAAACUGACUACGCCCCUUUCCCGGGGACUUACGGGCAGCCCCACCUGGGCCAGAAGGACUUGUCCAACUUCUCCCUGGGGUCGCCCCUCAAGGGGCCGGGCUUGGAGGCGCUCUGUAAGCAGGAAGGAGAGCUGGACCGGCGGAGCGUCAUCUUCUCCUCCAGCACGUGCGACCAAGUGAGCACCGCCAUCCACUCCUACCCCGGGGUGGGCAGCUUGGACAAAGAGCUCUCCGAGCCGGUGCCAAAGGGCCUAUGGGUGGGGGCUGGCCAGUCCCUCCCCAGCUCCCAGGCCUAUUCCCACGGUGGGCUCAUGGCCGACCACUUGCCAGGGAGAAUGCGCCCCAACACGAGCUGCCCGGUGCCCAUCAAAGUCUGCCCGCGCUCACCCCCGCUGGAGACCCGGACCCGGACUUCCAGCUCCUGCUCCUCCUACUCCUACGCGGAGGACGGCAGCGGGGGCUCCCCCUGCAGCCUGCCCCUCUGUGAGUUCUCCUCCUCGCCCUGUUCCCAGGGAGCCCGAUUCCUUGCCACGGAACACCCGGAGCCAGGCCUGAUGGCAGAUGGAAUGUACAACCAAGUGCGACCCCAGAUCAAAUGUGAGCAAUCCUAUGGAACCAACUCCAGCGACGAAUCCGGAUCGUUCUCGGAAGCAGACAGUGAGUCGUGUCCUGUGCAGGACAGGGGCCAGGAGGUCAAACUUCCCUUUCCUGUUGAUCAAAUCACAGACCUUCCAAGGAACGAUUUCCAGAUGAUGAUUAAGAUGCACAAGCUAACCUCAGAACAGUUAGAGUUCAUUCACGACGUCCGCCGGCGCAGCAAGAACCGCAUCGCGGCCCAGCGCUGCCGCAAGAGGAAACUGGACUGUAUUCAGAAUUUAGAAUGUGAAAUCCGCAAAUUGGUAUGUGAGAAAGAGAAACUGUUGUCGGAGAGGAACCAGCUGAAAGCGUGCAUGGGGGAGCUGCUCGACAACUUCUCUUGCCUUUCCCAGGAAGUGUGCCGGGACAUCCAGAGCCCCGAGCAGAUCCAGGCGCUGCAUCGGUACUGCCCCGUCCUCCGGCCCGUGGGUCUCCCCACAGCCUCCAGUAUUAACCCCGCGCCCUUGGGCCUCAACCAGAACCUUGCCCCCUCCCAGUGUGCCACGGGGGAGAGCGGGCCCUGCUGCCCAGAGCAGGGUGCCGCCGCUGCUGCCGCCGCCCCCCCAGGCUCCCCCUGGGGCCCCAGCAGCACCUCGGAGAAUUGUACUUCCGCCAGGAGGCUGGAAGGCCCUGGCACAGGCCCCUUCCCAGAGAGAGGCCCUCCUCUGGAACCCCGGGGCCAGACGGUGACGGUGGACUUCUGCCAGGAAAUGACUGACAAGUGUACGACCGACGAGCAGCCACGGAAGGAGUACACCUAGCGUCCGCCCCGCCAGGGGCUCCGGGCCAGCCUGCGGCCUGCUCACCUGUUGUCUGAAGAACUCGAAGGAAUUUGGUGCACACUACAAGCCGUCUUCGCAGCAAUACUGUUCCUCAGUAUUUCCUCCUCUUUCGAGCAGGAGUGGUGGAGAGUUACCUUCACUAUGGUGCUACCCUGGCUCACGCGGGGAAAGAACACAGUGACGACGACGACUCUGUCUGUGGGUCACUCUCAGUCUUCACAGGGAUAGACUCUGUCACCUCCGGGACCCCACCACGGAUUUUUUUUUUCUCUCAGUGGCCCAUGUCACAAACCCGAUCUCAGGAAUUUCUUCUGAAUGUUCAAUUUUUUUCAUUGAAGACAGCUUCUAUACACAUCAAAGUUUUAUAGCUAGACUGUACAUACUAUAUAUAAUAUAUAUGAAAUAUAUAUAUCUCCAUAUGCAAAAGUCCUGCAUGCCUCAAUUUUCUCAUUCUAAAACUGGAAACUUCAUUUCUCAUUUAUAAACAGGUUCCAACAUUCCUCUUCCUUUGGUCUCUGAUACUAGAGCUAGUUUGAUCAUUGUUAAUAUGGUUUGCUGUUUGUUUUCGAUUUUUUUUUCCUUGCUUCAUGGUUCAGCUUUCAAUGUGUACUUAUUUAUGGACGGAAUUCAGUGUUGGAAUUUUUUUUUUGAGGUUUUUGUUUAAGACCCUUUCUUUUUUUUUUUAGUUUGACUUGGUUUGGGCACUGUCAGAUGGUGCCAUUUGAGUGCUGUGGGUCUGUUUGCCUUUUUUUGUUUGUUUCUUUUUUUCCUUUUUUGCCCUGCAGAUACUGUAUAGUCAUGGUCAGCUUUGCCACUUGCACUGAGUUUUGGGUUAAACCUAUUUUCUUAAAUGAAGUGGUCACUUCAGUAUCACUCAAGUAUACUGUAUAUUCUUUGCUUUUAGUUUAAAAAAAAAAGUAAAACAUUUUAGCUAAUGAAAAGCACUCAGGUGAUAAUGAUGUAGGAAAAAAAAAAACAAUCUUGCCAAAUAAUGACUUCAUCCUAGGAUGUGUAGACAAUAAUCUGCUUGAAUAUUUUUCUAUGUCACCUCCUCCUCACCCUUCCCUACGCAAAGUGGAAAUGCAGAUAGAGUCCAGAGCCGAUGCAGGGUGUCCAAAUUCCAAAGUGGGGAAGAGAGUUUGGACAUCUCGCUCAAAAGUGCAUCAAAACAGCAGGAAUUCGUGACUUCCUACCAGAACUCAGUAGGCACUGGCUCCUAGAAAUCAAGUUAGGACAAUGGAAUCGCACAGGGAAUCGUUCCAUUCAUUUCAGCACUUCCCCCAGCCUCGGCCGGCUCCAAGGAAGUGUCAGACCUUCUCCUACGAAGGACAUGGUGGACCCGGCACCUUUGCCUGCACCCAGGACCCGCCUCCCAAGAUGUAGCCUCCACAGUGCAGGCUUGUGUGGAAAGCCUUGGGCAGGGCUUGAGGGAGUAGAGGGGGGUCCUGCCCUCCGUGGAGCCUUCCAGGGAAGGGCAGCUGGUCCAGAGAAGAGAGAGCAGGACAGGAGGGGAGCCUGAGUCUGUCCCCGAUGCGGGCAAAAGCAUUUCUUUCUCCAGUCUUUCUCCUAAAGCUUUGAGUUAAGGCGGAGGCCUGCCCACUGGUUGCUGGUCCAAAGGCAGGUUUCAUUCUGAGACUUUGGACAGGGUAUGGCCAGGGGCCCAAGUUGACCCCUCCUACCUUCCCAACACAACACAGGCAGCGCACGCGCGCACAUACACGCACACACACACACAUACACACACAUAUAUUUAAGAGCAGCUUCCCUUGGCUUGAAGGCGUGUUGGCCUGGCCACGUUUACAGGAAGGUGUGCCCGUGAUCUGCACCCAGAGGAGUGGGACUCUGCUUCCUGCCUCCUGCCGUAGGGCCUGGCUACAGGAGAAAGUCCCUGAGGGUUUGAUGUGGGGUGGGGUGGUGGGCCGGGGGGACUAGACAGUUGACUUCGUUUCUUUAUUUGUGCCAUUGUUUGGACAAUAUUAAAGCUGCAUGUGAAAGGGGAAAUUAGUAUAUGACGUAGGGAAAAAGUGAACUCAUAGUAACAUGUUUUAGUAUUAUUAACUUUUUUCUGUACAAAUAUUAAUGCUCAAUGUUUAACUAUGUAUGAAUGCCAGAAACUUGUCUGUUCAUUCAGUAGGAUUUUGGGUUUUGUUGGUUUUUUUGUUUUGUUUUGUUUUGUUUUGUUUUUAAGACUUUUCAAACGGUUCCACUUUUAAAACCUGCCUCUGGGUUUCUGUUCAUGCUCCCCUGUGUGUGUCUGUGGGUGCUUGUCUGAAAGCUUUUGAGAGGGCUCUGGGCUGGAUCUGCCAUUUGUUAUUCCAGUGGUUGGGAUUUCUUGGCCUGGUAAAAUAGUUCCAUGCUUCACUGUGAGAUUCGCUUCUGUGGGGAAAGUGGUGGGCUUGAAGCUCCUUGCAAAGUCCGUGGAACAUCCAAAUUAGCUAUGGGAUCAGCCUGCUAUAUUUGGUUUUUCAACUCUCGUUGUCUUUUUCAAGUGACCUCCUCUUUCAAAAAAGGAAUGUUUUCUGCUCCUGUCACAGCCACAUCCAAACCAGCUCGCUGCUGUUAUUUAUUCUGCCCACAACUCAUGUGUAACUAGUGGCCUGGACCACAUUCCAUCCGUUUCCCAGUUUCUGUUGUUCAGUGGACUCUGAGCUGUGUGGCGGCCACUUCUGGGAGGGACAGGUUCUACUGCCUGUCUACACCUUAGUUCAGCCCACAUCCUCCACCCAACACACACACACACACACACACACACACACACACACACACACACACACACACACAUGCCCCACUUCUCUUCCUCCUCCCCAGCCCAAUCCUGUCCUGGGAACUGGUCACACAUACUGCUCAGAAAAACUUUUUUCUUGGAGACUUGAAACAAGCUGUCCUUCUGCUCAUUGUCCAGCAUGAACAGCCACACAAGGCUUUGUGUAUGUGACAUGUCUGUGUUUCCUGCAAAUCUGAAUCAUGUGUUUGUUGAGAGUCUUUUGAGCUUGAUUCAGAGGGAGGAGUGCAGGAGCCCAGACUUCCAAUUCACUUCAGUGGCAUUGAAACACCAGCCCAUCUCCUUUCUAUGGGAUCUCUUAGUCUAUCCCAGAUCUUCCCUUAAAAAGCAAAAGUAUGGAUGUGUUGUCACCACAGGGUGCCAUUUAGUUUGGGUUUUAAGGAAAAAAGCAGAGCGCUGGAAGAACAGAGGUGUUUCCAAAAACAGGCUGUAGGAAGAUCCCUGCAUCCCAUCUCCUUGAAUGUGUCCUCAAAGGGUGUGAGGAUGCGGGGACAGGGGCAGGGGGUGUGUGUUGGAAUCUGGGUUGUUGAGUGAAGACCACUAAGGAGGUCACUGGCCUCAUUAGCAUGGCCUGAGUCUCGUCCUCCCUUGCAUCUGCUUGUGUCCAUAUGUCCGCCUCCCUUCAUUCAGGCUGGUCAGGGUUUUGGCAAGCGAGUGCUUUGCUGUCUGUUGUUUGUUUCUCUGCAUUCUCGAGGGGGGUGCCUUGAAUAAAAGCAAACUUCUUUCCUCUACUGAUUCCGGAACAAAACAGUUAUUAAAAAUAAAUAAAUAAAAAGCCCUAAAGGAGCAAAUCCGCGGUUGAACAAGCUGACCAAGUUAGCCAACCUUACUCCUGCUCUUACCAGUUUCCUAGCAAUGACUCAGGCGUCGGAGGUGAUGCUGCAGUAGAAAACUUAUUUUGUAUAUUAUACAAGUAAUUUAUUAACUUUCUUUCUAAAGGUAUGCUGCUUUUACAAUGCACUAUUAAUUUUGGAUUUAAUCCUUGUGUCGCUUUCCCAAGGAAGUUUCAAACAAACAAGCAAACAGAAAGGCUCGCGAUGAGUAUGCUGACCGCCCUGCUCCUUCUGAAGGAGGGCAGGGGCCAGUACCGGGCCGGGCCUGAGAGGCUGACUCCGAGACUCUCAGACUGCAGUGUGGACUUGAGUGCGAUUGUUACACGAGAGCAAGGUCUACAUGUCCAAUACUUUUUUGAUUGCCAUUAAAGAAACUAAAAGGUGUGAAAAUAUAAGCCUUUUAAGAAUCCACAAAGUCCGGCCACCAGGAGCAGCCCCGCAUCCCAGGAAUUAACAUGACCCUCUCCCAAUGAGGACAAGUCAGCCACCCUCUUCUGUGUCCCAGAUUGCCUAGGUCUAGACAGGAUGCCCCCUAGGAAACCAAUUGCUGCUUCAUACAGGACUUCAAAAUCGUUCCUCUGUUGCUUUCGGUUUAGGAGUCAAGGGUCAAGAAGGGAGCAGGAAUCGAGUUUUGUCCUCAAAUCACUGUAAAUAGACGAAGGAACAUUUUUUUUUUCAUGAGGAAACUAAACUGUUUGCUGUACCAGGAGUCUGUGUUUCUUCUCCCCACUGAGGAUUCUGUUGUCGGUUCCGUGACUGGGAGGCGGUUCGCGGCACAGGGGUGUGGGGCCAGGAAGCUCGUGAGUGCGGAGGCUUUCUUGGUUCGAGCUGUGUAUUGAUACUGCCCGAGCUUUCUCAUGACCCAGGCAUCGAAGACGGAUGCUGUAGACUAGGACCUAUUUGUGCACAAAUAGUGUACACAGAUAGUAACUGUACAUAGAAAAGACCCAUUGUGGCAGAUUGAGGAUAAAUUAUUCAACUGACGGUGCAAAAACAUUUCUUGCAAAGCAAAGUAAGUGUAUAGUAUUUUCCUACACUCCACCCUGGGAGAUAAUAUUUAUAUCAAAUGAAUAUCAGUGCAUUUUAAAUUGUAAUAUGAAAAUGAUGCUGCCAUUUUGUGACGAAUACCCACAUGGGUGCAGAGGCCCAUCUUUGUAGCUUUGAUUUACCCGUGGUGACAUGGUGUCUGCGUUUCUCUGCGAGCUGUGGAUAAACUCUUUCAUUUUCAUUCCACUUUAUUGACCUCAGAUCAAACAGUGGCCCUCCUUAGACGCAGAAGUGCACCAAGACCUCUGAUUUCAGGUACCCUCACACUCCGUGCCAAAUGCUCCCAAGAGGGUGAUCGGACACAUAUUGCAAGAGAAAGUGAAGGAACUGGGUCAAAGGGUUGUUGUUGUUGUUGUUGUUUUAACCUACCAAUUGAUGCUAAAUCUACCAAAACAUGUCUGGAGGCACAGAGGUGCCCUCCACUUGAGUCCUGACCGUGCCCGUGGCACGUGUGAGUGCUGAGAUGCCCUUCAUGCUCUGACUCAAAAGACCCGCCACUUCUAGCGAGUGAUCAGGAUGAUUCCAGAUGAAUUCGGGAGCUUCGGGUGCUGGUUAGACCCAGUGAGCCGUUCAAGGCAAGCACCGCCUUUGUGUGUGAGGCCAGAAGGGACUGUGACAUUUGUUCCGGAACAGUCUGAUGCAAGUGCACCUCUUAUCUAUGCCUUACAAAUCCAGAGGCCAUAUUCAAAACAGGGUCUUCUCAGCGUAUGCAACUGUAGCCUCUUCCUCCUCUUCCUCCCCAGGCCGAACAAUAUGGACAGUUUUCACACAUAUCUACCUGUAUAACCCUCUGUACCUCUCACAACUGGUCAACGACUGUAACAGGUUACAUCAGGUGUUUUUCUACAUACUUUUUACACAGAUUCUAUGCGAUUAAUGUAACUUGAUCCAAUGCAUCAUUUUAUUGUACUAGUUCUUAGGCCUGUCUUUUUUUUUUCUCCUAAGUGAUUGUGGUUUUUCUUGUGGUUUUUAUUGUAAAAAAAGUUUUAAAAAAAAUGAAAUGGCUGUUGUUGCUUACUCUCUGUAACUAAGAAUUUUUACCUUUUUGGGAAAAGAAGCAUUGCUAUGAACUAAUGAAUUGAAAUGUCAUUUACUCAUUGUAAAUACACUAUUGUGCAAAAAAAAAAAUUCACUCAGUUGAAUUGCUAGUGUUAACUGCAUUUUGUCUGGACACCAUUUCUGUUGAUGAAAUAAAGACAUAUC